AUUGUUUCGUCCUCCGCUCCUCUCCUCCCCUCUCCGCUCCUCUCCUCUCCUCUCCCCUCCUCUCCUCUGCUUCCUCCCCUCUCCUCACCUCUCCCUUCUUCUUAUCCCCUCUCCUCACCUCACCUCUCCCUUCUUCUUAUCCCCUCCCCUCCCCUCGCAUCAUAACCUGCUCUCUGCGCGCCCCCCAGCUUCCGGGUUUGUGGGCUUUCUGAUUCGAUCUUCUCUUUCGCUCGUUUUGUCCGUUGGCAAGCUCCUUCAUUGCUUCUUCUUGUAUCGGGUGUCGUGCUAUCUACGGGUAGCACGGUGAAAGAGUCUGAGCAAGAGGAGUGGAAGGAUGACGUGUACCGCCAUGGACAGCUCUCCGCAGCUGCCGUCAGGACCCUCUUCUAUCCCCGCACACCGACGGGCCUCUGAUUCUCUGGAAGAGAGCAUCUCGACGCCGCAGAACAGCAAGGCGCCGGAAGUCCUGGACCUGCGCAACAAGUCGGCGUCAUGCUCGGUCUUCGAGCUUGCAAACCGAUACACGGUGAAGAAGGUGAUCGGAAAGGGAGCUUUUGGUUGUGUCGUAGCAGGAGAGGACGAGUUCGGUAACCCGGUAGCUAUCAAGAAGCUCAGUCAUGCCGUCUCCGACAGCCGCUCGUCUCGACGGCUCCUCCGUGAGCUGAGAUUUCUCCGCCACGUUCGGGGACACCCCAACGUCAUCUCAGUGGAGGAUGUGGUGGUGAAGCAGAGGGGCGGUGAGGUGGACGUGUACAUCGUGACGGAGCUCAUGGAGGCGGACCUGGAGCAGAUCAUCAAGUCCUCCCAGGCCCUCACGACCGAGCACGUCCGUUGCCUCAUCUUUCAGAUCAUCAACGGGCUCCGGCACAUCCACUCGGCCGGGAUCGUCCACAGGGACCUGAAGCCUGCCAACAUGAUCGUGGACUCAGAGUGCCGGCUCAAGAUCUGCGACCUCGGGCUCAGCCGGCACAUCGCCGACCCGUCGGUCUCGCAGCACUACGACGCCAAGUUCACCGACUACGUGGUCACUCGGUGGUACCGCGCUCCUGAGCUGCUGCUGGGGAACAGGAUCUACGACCACAAGGUGGACUUGUGGGCAGCUGGUUGUAUCCUGGGGGAGCUGCUGGGGAGGAAGGCGCUGUUCAAGGGGUCAGACACUGGAGACAUGCUGAGGAAGCAGGUGGGAGUGAUAGGAAGCCCCUCGGAGGCGGACCUGGCGAUGCUGACAGGAGACGAGGCCGCGAGGAACUACAUGAGAAAGAUGCCGGUGCGGCCCCGGGUGAACUCGUUCGAGCUCUUCCCGGGGGGAGACUUGGCGGCGCUGGAGCUGCUGGACUCGUUGCUGCAGUGGGACAGCAGGCGGAGGAUCGGAGCCGACGAGGCACUAAGGAGCUCCUUCCUUCUCGAGCUGUUCGAACCCGCCAGCAGCCUUGCCACCAACCACUGCGAACUCGCAGCGAUCUCGUGCGGGUCGUUGGGGAGCGAGCAAGUGACGAACUUGAUCUUCCUGGAAGGAGCCCUGUGGAGGACGAGGAGCGGACAUCGCUGUUCCCCUAUCGACCUGGAGAUGCGCAGCAACCCGCGGGUCCCUCACUUUUGCGCAUGCUCGUGCGGGCAGAAGUUCAGGAGGGGAUGCGACUUUCUGCAGCACUUAGAGGGCCUCGCAUGAUGGGGACGGUGAAGGAGGAGAAGGGGGGGAGGGAGGAAGGGAGGGAGGGAGGAGACUCUGAGAAGGAGUGAGACAGGAGAGCUUCAAGAUAGGAGGGCAAGUGGCUCUGAGCAGGAGGGAGAACCUCCUGCGAGCCGAUUGCUCCUCCUUCUGAUUCUACUGAUCGCCUCUGACUUCCUUGACUUGAGAACUGCUGCUACCAAGGCUACAGCCCGUAUGAAGAAGGAACAAGUUCAUUCUCUUAUCCUUAGUCAUUCUUUUAAUGAAAGCAAAGACUUUC